AUGGGUUCAUCGAGUCACAGUGGCGUUCCUCCGGGGUUCCGGUUUCACCCGACAGACGAAGAGCUUCUUCACUAUUACUUGAAGAAAAAAAUUUCAUUUGAAAAGUUUGAGAUGGAGGUGAUAAGAGAGGUGGAUUUGAAUAAGAUCGAACCCUGGGAUCUGCAAGAGAUGUGCAAGAUUGGAUCGACUCCGCAGAAUGAGUGGUAUUUUUUCAGCCACAAAGACAGAAAAUAUCCAACAGGUUCAAGGACAAAUAGAGCAACAAAUGCUGGAUUUUGGAAGGCUACAGGGAGGGACAAAUGCUUAAGGAACAGCUUCAAGAAGAUUGGUAUGAGAAAAACCCUUGUUUUUUACCGCGGCCGAGCUCCCCAUGGCCAAAAGACUGACUGGAUUAUGCACGAGUACAGGCUCGAAGACAGUGAUGAUUCUCAAGGGAAUCCCAGUGAGGAUGGAUGGGUGGUUUGUAGGGUUUUCAAGAAGAAGAAUCUAUUCAAAGUUGGAAAUGAAGGAGGAAGUGGGUUGAGUUCAGAUCAGCUCAAUACUCCAGCAGCCACCCAAUCUCGUGCAUUCUUCACACAGAGGGAAAGGGAAAAUCAAUAUCUACUGCUUCAACAGCAGGCUCAUGGACUAAACUAUUCUCACAUUCCAGUGGCACUGCCUCAAUACCCACAACUAGAAGCCCAGGACUUUAUACCAACCCACAAGCCAUUGGGCUAUGAUCAGUUUUCAGAUCAGUCACCAAUUAUGGUGAAGCAAUUCAUGUCCAACACUAGAGAUUGUGAAAGUGGCAGCACUGAUCAGAAUCUUGGUUAUGGAUCCGGUAUGGAGGCAGUCGGGAAGUGCCAACCGGAGAAUCUGAACGAAUGGGGUAUGAUGGAUCGACUUGUGACUUGUCAACUCGGACAUGACGACUCAUCUAAAGGGGAAGACCUCCUGAAAGUGUCUCAUCCUUUGGCACUUCGUGAUAAAGUGCCUCAUCCUUCGUUAGUUCACGUCAAAGUACCUCAUCUUUUAGCACUUCAGGACAAAGUGCCUCAUCCUUCAACACUUCAUCAACGAGUGCCUCAUCCUUCGGCACUUCAUCAACAAGUGCCUCAUCCUUCGUCACUUCAGGUCAAAGUGCCUCAUCCUAAGUCACUUCAGGACAAAGUGCCUUAUCCUUCGUCACUUCAGGUCAAAGUGUCUCAUCCUUCAGCACUUCAUCAACAAGUGCCUCAUCCUUCGUCACUUCAGUGCCUCAUCCUUCGUCACUUCAGGUCAAAGUGCCUCAUCCUUAGCACUUCGGGACAAAGUGCCUCAUCCUUCGUCACUUCAGGUCAAAGUGCCUCAUCCUUAGCACUUCGGGACAAAGUGCCUCAUCCUUCGUCACUUCAGGUCAAAGUGCCUCAUCCUUUGGCACUUCAGGACAAAGUGCCUCAUCCUUCAGCACUUCAUCAACAAGUGCCUCAUCCUUUGGCACUUCAGGACAAAGUGCCUCAUCCUUCAGCACUUCAUCAACGAGUGCCUCAUCCUUUGGCACUUCAUCAACAAGUGCCUUAUCCUUCGUCACUUCAGGUCAAAGUGCCUCAUCCUUCGUCACUUCAGGUCAAAGUGCCUCAUCCUUAG